UCUCCUCACUCUCUUCUUGCUUCAGAUUUCAAUUAUUAAAGUUUUCACAUUUGUAAUCCUCCCCCAUCAUCGCAGUUCCCACCCACCUCCUCCUCCUAUCAUAGCAGUUUGAAAAUCUCCCCCCUCUUCCUCAUCUCUCUCUAGAAAGAAGGAAAAGGAAGAAGAGGGUAGGGAAAAAGGAGGACCCUUUUCCAAGACUCUACAGUGGGAGGGGCCAGGGGCUUUUCUCGGAUAAGAGACACCCCUUGACGUUUUCGAGCAAGAAACGCAGAUGGGGUUUCUCAUUUGGCUCUUCUCCGCGACGUUAGCGGCUGCUCUCGUCGGCGACGGCUCUCUUGCUUUGACUCUGGAUGGUAUUACGUUGUUGGAAUUUAAAGCCGCUCUGAAUGACACCAAGAACUCACUCAGCAACUGGCAAGCUACCGACCAGUCUCCCUGUAAAUGGACCGGCAUAUCUUGUCAUCCCGAUGAGAGAGUCCGCACCAUAAAUCUUCCUUACAAGCAAUUAGGAGGGAUUAUAUCUCCCAGCAUUGGCAAGCUCAACAGAUUGCAAAGACUAGCACUUCACUCGAAUAGCCUGCGUGGUACCAUUCCAAGUGAGAUUGCCAACUGUGCAGAACUUAAAGCAUUGUACUUGCGGGCUAAUUAUCUUCAAGGGGGCAUUCCGUCUGCCAUUGGGAACCUCUCAUCUCUCAGCAUCCUGGAUUUAUCAAGCAAUUCUCUUAAGGGAGCCAUACCUUCAUCUCUCGGACGUCUCACACGACUUCAUAACUUGAACUUGUCAACCAACUUCUUCUCAGGUGAAAUCCCUGAUGUUGGAGUUCUCAGCACUUUUGGACGCAGUUCAUUUACUGGAAAUUUAGAUCUUUGUGGCCAACAAGUGCAGAAGCCAUGUCGAACCUCAAUGGGAUUUCCCGCAGUGCUGCCACAUGCUGAGAGUGAUGAAGCAUCCGUCCCUGCUAAGCGAUCUUCACAUUACAUCAAAGGAGUUUUGAUUGGUGCCAUGUCCAUGAUGGGUCUUGCACUUGUCAUGCUCUUGGCUUUCCUAUGGGUUUGUUUGCUAACAAAGAAGGAAAGGGCAGCGAAGAGAUAUAAAGAAGUCAAAAAACAAGUCGAACCAGAAGCAAGCAUGAAGCUUAUUACUUUCCAUGGAGAUCUUCCAUAUCCCUCGUGCGAAAUAAUAGAGAAGCUCGAGUCUCUUGAUGAAGAGGAUGUGGUGGGAUCUGGAGGAUUUGGCACUGUGUACAGAAUGGUAAUGAAUGAUUGUGGGACAUUUGCUGUUAAAAGGAUUGACAGAAGUCGUGAAGGAUCUGAUCAAGGAUUUGAAAGGGAGUUAGAGAUACUGGGCAGCAUCAAGCACAUAAAUCUAGUGAACCUGCGUGGAUACUGCAGGCUCCCUGCAACAAAGCUUCUUAUCUACGAUUACUUAGCCAUGGGAAGCUUAGAUGAUCUCUUGCAUGUACAUGGGGAAGCACGACCCUUGAACUGGAGUUCUCGACUGAAAAUUGCUUUAGGUUCAGCUCGAGGGCUUGCAUAUCUGCACCACGACUGCUGUCCUAAGAUCGUGCAUCGUGAUAUAAAGUCCAGCAACAUUCUUUUAGAUGAAAACUUGGAGCCCCAUGUCUCUGAUUUUGGACUUGCCAAGCUUCUGGUAGAUGAAGAAGCACAUGUUACAACUGUAGUUGCUGGCACUUUUGGUUAUCUUGCACCUGAGUAUCUUCAAAGUGGAAUAGCUACUGAGAAGUCGGAUGUGUAUAGCUUUGGAGUUCUGUUGUUGGAGAUUGUAACUGGAAAGAGACCAACUGAUCCAUGUUUUGUGAAGAAAGGCUUGAAUGUUGUUGGAUGGAUGAACACCCUAUUGAGAGAGAACAGGCUGGAAGAUGUCUUGGAUAAGAGAUGCCCCGGUGCCGAUGCUGAAACUGUAGAAGCAAUUCUUGAUAUAGCUGUGAGGUGUACCGAUGCAAUCCCAGAUGAACGGCCAUCAAUGAACCAGGUGUUGCAGUUGCUCGAGCAAGAGGUUAUGUCACCUUGCCCCAGCGACUUCUACGAGUCACAUUCUGACUACUGCUGAAUGAGGAGUUAGAUGAUUGUUGCUUCUUGCCAUCAUCAUCAUGCUAGAAUGUAUCAACUUGCUUGGAAUGCUUUAUUGUUGUCAAUUUUCCCCUCUCUCUGGGGCCUGUAAAUUAUGUUCUUGUAUGCAGUCUAAUGCAUGAUUCCUUGCAACGGUUGGCUUGGAUGUUCAAUUUCUCUGUUUCCUCAAGGAUAUGGAAACAAUAUGGAAAGUAUGUCUAGCAGAAGGAUUGCUGCCUUUCUGAAGGUAGCAUGAUUUCCUUCAUCAAUUUUUGAAGGUUGACUUGCCACA